CGCUGUUUUAGAGAUACCUCGUGGUCUAGAGAUUGUCUCGAAAUUUUGCUAAAAACUCAUUUUAUUGGAAUGCUAGACGUACCCCUAGUUAACCUAGGAUUAGCUGAUCAUACCUACUGUCUACCACCGUCGGCCAUAACGCUAGAAGUUUUCGCGAAGUUACAAGCAAAAGCGAUGGAGAACGGAGAGCUUCUAAGAUGGGAGGACGCGUCCAUCGCUUUCGAACCGCCAAAUUCUGACCAAGAAAGUAAAUCGAGUUGUUCUUCGCUGUCGCCUGCACAUAGCGUGGAUAGUGGCUUUGACGCUGGCAUGGAGUCUUUGCUGGCUGAUUUUCUUGGUGGGGAAGGCAGUAGCCCUGAUUUAAACUUGGAUUUGUUGCUAAACGAACCGACGACAUUCACAGAGCCAAAAGCCCCCACCGCCAUCCUAACUAAGCCCAAACCAUCACCAUUCAACGAGCCCUUAACCGAAGAAGAACUCAAGGACAUUGAAGAAAAAAACAAAAAGAAUGCAAUAGCUGCUAGAGAGAAUAGAGCGAAGAAGAAGAAAUACGUGGAGGAUUUAGAGAAAACAGUACAGGAUUUGAAGGAAGAGAACCAACAAUUGCAAACAGGCCACUCAAAAUUGCAAAAAACUGUGGAAGCCUUAAAUGAUGAGGUUUCCUAUUAUAAGAAUGUUCUUGCAAACCAAAGCACGCUCUCGCUUCUCCUUAACCGUAUUGCCACCACUCCAGGCAUAAAUUUUGGUACAUCUUUCGGUAAAGACGCUGGAGGUUGCUCACAAGGAGAGAAAAGGCGGGAAGUUGUCGAGGUCAGCACAAAUCAACAGUCUUCUAGUGCAGCAAUGGUAACUGUUGAAGAUGAAGGAAUCAGUCACCGAUACCACACCCGGAGGGCCAGGAAGCGACCAGCGGAGACUGGCACUAGCUCUAACAUCGCCGUGAAGCACAGACCCAAGGCUACAAGUGGUGGAAUUUGCCUUCAUGUCAGCCAAGAUAAGGUCUCCUUGGAAAUGUGUCAGCACUGCAGCGCCAAAGCUCUAGGAAUUGUGGAAUGAAACAAGGAAGUGUAUUGGUGGAAAAAUGUCUGUAUCUACUGAGUAAUGAAAUGAGGAGUAUACAUUUGUAUGUUACAGUGUUAUGCUUAUACGAGAGCAUUGAUAAUUUACGGGUCUAGUCGUCAACAUCAUGCAUCUGUCUACGUUUAGGAGAAUGCCCUCUAUUGGGUAUAAGGCCCAAUAGCUAUAACAUGCGAAAAGAAAACAGCAGAGAAAGCCAUUUCGUGGCGUAUCCCACUAGGGCAUUGUAUAGAAAGCAGAAACAUAUAGAGAACCAACAUAAAAACAGUUUAGACUGCUUAGAGAUGGAGACAACUACCCUUUUUCAGCCUACACUCGUCGUUUUUUCUCUUUCUGUUUCAGAUUGAUGAGAGGAGCUGUGGAGAUCACUGGCUGAAGAUCCACCACAGAACAGUUUUUUUAUUGUCCUCAAAGCAUCCCUUGUGUCAGAUCUGCAGAACUGAAUAACUUCUCCACUGGGACUUAGUAGGUACUCAAUUGAGUAAGUGCAAAUUAAUAAAGAUCUCUGCAUUCUGCUUACAUUUAUUUCCUUUUUCUUUGAGCUUUGUCUCAUUUUGUAAUAUAAAUUGUGUAUAAAAUACCAAGAGUAAAAAAAAAAAAACAUUUUAAAAAUGUAAAUAUUGUAAAUAAAAAGGGAGGUAUGUAGAUAGGUUAAAGGCUAGAUGGUAUGCCCAGACACUUGUACUAGGAAUGUUGAAUAUUAAAAAAAAAGUUACAACA